AUGGAGAAAUUGAUAAUUAGAAAUCAUAUUCAUGCUCGACAGUCGACACAAGAGAAGAGAGACCAAAUUAUGUACGAAGAUACGUCCACUGGGUUUUCUGCGGGAACGGCGUCGUCUUUGUUGUCAGAAGAUUGCUUCUCUCAAAUGGCUUCUUCUUCUGUGGCCUCACACACUCUCAGCCCUAGCUUCCCGGAGAAUGUGGGUCUUUCUAUGGAAAACUUAGCCUUCACUAAUUCACAACGCGCUAUUAUGAUUCCCAACAUCGACGCUUCUUCUUCUGCAUUCACUGAACCGAAUCCGUUGGAAGAUGAUUCAAACCAGCUUGUAAUUUCCUUUGACCAGUCCAAAUGGCACGACGCUGCUAUGAAUAUGAACUUCCAUCACCAAAAUUAUCAUCAGCCUCGAGAUCGACCACUUCCUUAUCCCACUGCAUCAGAUCUUCGUCACCGUGAUGUUCUCUAUAGCUUUCCCAGUAGUGCUUACACUUCUUCGUUUGUAAACUCAACAUCCUUAAUCUCUUUUGGAAACCCAGCUACGCAGAACACCGUUGAACUUCAAACUAAUCCUUCUGGCCGCUCAACAUUUGGAGCUGAAAUCACAAAUGUGUCCUCUGUUCUGUUUCAGGACUCGUUUUUGCAUAGGAAUCUGCCUGCGGGUCCUCCGGCAAACAGAGAGUGGUUUCAGUCUCUGCCAGCUGCUGCAAGAAAUGAUUUUCUGAUAUUUAAUGGGGACAAUGAUGAUGACAAAGAAAGAAGUGGGGUUGUUUCAUAUUUAGAUGCUGAUCGUGGUAGAGAAUUUGGUGAUAGUAAUAAUGAUUUCCUCAAGAUUUCCCAGGAUUUGGCUCCUCAUGGCAGAUCAAAAGGAGGAGGAGGAAUAAGAGGAGGCAAAAGGGUCAGACAGGUCACUAUUGAGAAGAAAAGAAGAGUGGAUUUUACCAGCAAAUUUGAUGCGUUAAGAGAACUCAUCCCAAAACCCACCAAGAAUGAUAGAGCAUCUCUGCUGUGUGGUGCUAUUGAGUACAUCCAAGAGCUUCGUAGAUCAGUGGAAAAUCUCACAUUAUUAGUGAAUAAGAAGAGAUGUGGGAAAGAGAGGAUCAAGAGGCACAAGGUUGAAGAAGAAGGAGAAGAAGAUCAAGAAGAAGCUGCUUUAGGGGAUUUGGAGAGCUGCAACUUGAAGCCACUAAGUGAACGAGAUCAUGAACCUGUUCUCCCUCACAACAGAUGCAUGAUUAGGAGCAAUUUGCUUCAGAAGAAAUCUGCAGACACAGAGGUUGAUGUUCGAAUCAUUGAGGACGAGGUGACGAUCAAGCUUGUUCAGAGAAAGAACACAAACUGCUUGCUGUAUGCUUCCAGGGCUCUGGAUGAACUUGAGCUUGAUCUCCAACAUGUUGCUGGUGGACACAUUGGCGAUUUCUGCAGUUUCUUGUUCAACAGCAAGAUAUAUGAAGGUUCCUCUGUGUGUGCAAGUGCCAUAGCCAACAAACUCAUUCAAGUCAUGGAAGUACCUUGAGAGACUGCAAUUAGGAUAUGGCCCCUUCAGAAAAAUAUGCUUUUUAUUUACGUCAAAGCUGCUAAUAAUUUGUGCCUUCUGUUAGUUCGUUUCCUCCUUCCU